UGUGUGUUCAUAUCCGUGAGUGUGUGAUUGACUUGGCCUGUUCUGCUGGACCCCGAGGCUGCUGGCUGAGGCUGGAAGGAGAUGAUGACAGAUAUAAUAGCCUCUGUGGUAGGUAGGUAGGAGGAGGAGACCAGCUACCACUUCCAUUCCACGGAGGAGGAGAGGCAAGUGUGUGAGAACGAGAGAGCAAGAAGGUGUUUAAAUGAAAAAUGAAGUGACUACAAAAAGGCUGGGGGGGGAUAAUGAGAAAGGGGGAAGAGAAACAGCCCAAGUAGGAGGGAGAAACAUCUGAGAAAGAGACUCGGAGAAGGACACAAUAAAUAGGAGAAACAGAAUGAAACUGAGAUGUGUGAGAGAGAAACAGGGCCGGAGGAGGUGAGACUGAGAGAGUCUGAACCCAGGAGGGAGGAAGAGAAGGAGAAGGAGACGGAGUGAUGCAAACAUCCCUGCAGACAUCCUUCUCCACUUCCAGCGACACCAGACGAGAAACAGUUUGCGCAGCCGACUGUGGUGGAUCCAGACUGUGGGGGAUGGCGUGGCCUGAAGAAACAACCUCCGACUCCGAACCUCCGCUGUACUAGCAGGAACCAACGAGACCUAAAAAUCUUCCUCGUCUCUGAGACCUUGUAACGCAACGACACAACGUCUUGGACAUCCACCGAGGAUCGAGAGCCUCAGGGUGGACUCAUCAUGAAACCCUCAAUCUCCGCGGGCCCCAACUCCGGCCUCUUGCUGGUCCUGAUGUGCUGCCCCCUGCUGGGCCUGGUCCAAUCCGCCAGCAGCAACAAAGCCAGCGAUAACGGACAUCCUCACCUGGGGGACGCCGACCCGGAGCGCUGCAUGAGGCAUCACUUUGUGGAGACCAUCACGCACCCCAUUUAUAAAUGCAACUCCAAGAUGGUGUUGCUGGCUCGCUGCGAGGGCCACUGCAGCCACACCACCCGCUCCGACCCGCUCAUCUCCUUCAGCUCGGUGCUCAAACAGCCCUUCAAGAGCACCUGCUCCUGCUGCCGGCCGCACACCUCCAAGCUGAAGGCGGUGAGGCUUCGCUGCGCCGGCGGGACUCGCAUCACGGCCACAUACAGAUACAUCCUGGCCUGCAACUGCGAGGAGUGCAGCUGAGCGGCCGCAGCAUCCUCCCAGGCCCUCAAGACUCUCCAGAUCCGGCAUUUUUCUUAACCUUAAAGCUGUCCAGAGCGCUUUGGUUGAUUAUUGGAUCAGAAAAUUGCCCCAGAGAUGCUUGUUGUUAACUCUGGAGUAAUAGCUCAGAGCACUCACGUGGGCCUUAAAAAUUGACCUGCAGCCCUCGGGACUCGGACAGAACAUACUAUACCUUCUCUAUUCAAUCAGUACGAACCAUGCUAAGCAUAUUUCUCCAGCUUGCAAGGCCAGACGCCACAAACUGCUGCUCCCACGGGCCACUCGGAGACCCUCCUCGCUGCAGAGACACACUGCACUCAUUACAGGCCUCCAUAAUUCAUAACACACACGCUCGCAAACCGCAGUAUGAGAGCUCAUUACAAAUACCCGUAACAGACUUCUCCCGGCUCCAUAAAAAACCCCACCGUGCGUUCGACAACAAAACAACAUGCCUCGUUAAAAAGCAGCAUGGGAAAGGACGGUGCUCGGCGAGAACCAGCCCAGACAUGUGGUGGAUCUAUAGAGGGGCACCUGCACUGAGCUCACCCUUCCAAUAACAUUUCACACACUCCCCACAGACUUUCAUCUCGCUGUGUAAAACAUGACCGACGCUGACAGGAGAGCUCAUCAAGUGGCCAAUAAAAGAGACAUGGAGGAGCAUGAAAAAGGAGCCCAGAGGAUGAGAGGAGGUUUGACCAGCCAGCGUGGACUGUCGAUAGACUGUCAGUGUCCGUUUAAAAUGUAAUCUAUUUGAAUCUCUGUCAAACAUUAUUGUAACUGCAGCUACUAUCAUGCCGAACUGAUAAAACUGUCAUGUAUCGUUAUUAAAGACACGUCCAGUGUUUUGACUCGGAGGAAACAUUUGUCAAAACAGCUCCAUGGUUGCUCUGCAAACAUUUUCCUCAUGAUGAAUACAGAAACUCACGUAUAAUUCAUUCUCUGUGUGUCUCAGGCUCAUUGGCCUCCACGACUUGUGGUCAGUUUAUCUGAAUUUAUGUCUCAUUGUUCAGAUUGUGUUUUUUUUUUCUAUCAUUAAAAUUCCAGUUUUCUCAAACCACGAAGAAUUCGAAGCUUACAUUUAGAAUCUGAGCGAAUAAAUGAGGGCUUUCAUGGAAGCAAAGAAAAAAUUGUUUUAAUUUAAUGAUCUACUCGAUGCCCACUUUUGAAAUGCAACCACUUCUGAAUACUUUAAGGUACUCUGGAGUUUUCUUGAGAACACAAUGAAUUGUAUAUAAAAAAAAUGGAUAUAGCUACUGUAAUGUCACUUGUUGGUUAGUGUUCUGUUUUCAAAUCUUGAGUUUGAACUUGAGUUGCCACCUUUCUGCUUUGAAACUAAAUGUAAUGAUGGAGGGGAGGAUCAAUCACCCUAAAACAUACACUGCUUUAUCAUCUAUUUUCCUCUCAGUGGGACCAUAAUUUCUUAAAUAAACAUCAUGCUUUAUUGAA